AUGGGGACGACUAAACCCCGCGCCCCCGCGAGAAACUCGAUAGCCAAAGUGCAGCCCCUACCGGAGAAGACCUUCAUCAUCGACAAUGGCGCAUACACCAUGAAAGCGGGCUACGCGGCGGAUUUCCCUCCCCCAGAAGAUGAAGCCCGGGCGCUAUCAUCCUGCACAAUGAUACCCAAUGCUCUCGCAAAAACUCGUGGAAACCAUGUCUAUAUCGGUUCGCAAUUAUUGACCCACGUCACUGAUUGGAAUGAGAUGGCAUUUCGUCGCCCUGUGGAAAAAGGAUAUAUUGUGAACUGGGAAGCACAGAAGGAAAUCUGGGAGCAUUCGUUUUUUGAUGAAAAGACUGUGCGGAGUAAAGAAUUCCGGAUUGCAAACCCGGAAGAAACGACACUCAUACUUACUGAGGCGCCGAAUGCUUUACCGGCGCUACAGAAGAACGCAGAUGAGAUUGUCAUGGAAGAGUGGGGAUUUGGGGGGUAUCUCAGAUGUCUAGGCUCAUCGUUAAAUGCUUGGAACGAUGUACAGUCCUUGUUUGGGGAUCCCAUCUCACAAAGCUCCGAUUCGGCGGUUUUGCCUACCGAAUGCCUAAUGGUUGUCGAUUCCGGUUAUUCGCACACUACAGUGACCCCAGUCUACAAGGGACAGCCUAUUCAACGUGGCAUUCGUAGACUCGAUAUCGGAGGAAAACAUCUUACAAACUAUCUCAAGGAAAUGGUGUCGAUGAGGCAAUAUAAUAUGGUUGACGAGACAUACAUCAUGAAUGAGGUCAAGGAAGCUGUCUGCUUCGUAAGCAACAAUUUUCCUAAUGACCUAGAAAAGACGUGGAAAGGCAAUCGGAAACGCGGCCAACCCGAGCCUAGUGAAGGUGUCAUGGUGGAUUAUGUCCUCCCAGAUCCCAACGCUGCCAGAAAAGGGCUUGUUCGGCCUCACGACCCUCUCCUGAAUGCUAAGAAGAGGAAGGGCGCACUGUCAGGUGGCAACGCCGAUGUAUUAUCUGAGGAUGUGUUGGUCUUGGGCAACGAACGCUUCACUGUGCCAGAGAUCUUAUUUACGCCGAGUGACAUCGGUAUGAAACAGGCGGGUAUACCGGAUAUCGUUCUUCAAAGUUUGUCCGUCUUACCCACAGGACUGCAUCCUGCUUUUCUGGCAAAUGUUCUGGUUGUUGGUGGCAAUUCCUUAUUCCCUGGGUUUUUGGAAAGAUUGGAAACCGAAUUGCGUCAGAUCGCCUCGGCAGAAUGUGUUGUGAGAGUCCGAAGGCCCAAAGACCCUACCGUAUUUACCUGGCUCGGGGCAUCGCGUUUCGCAACCAAUAAAGAGGAACUGAAGAAGGUGGCAAUCACGCGCCAGGAAUACCAGGAGUAUGGAUCUUCGGCCAUUGCCUCCAAGUUUUCUGGCAACUGGCGAGAUGAUAUGUGA